AGGCAGAGCAAAAAAUAGGUGGUGAAAGAGUUUAUAAAAGGAAUAAAUGUGGAAGGGUAUUAUUAUGGCAUCACGAGAAGAGAGAGUUUUAGUUUUAGUUUUUGUGUUACCCUGAUUUGCCAGUGGUUGAAUAUGAAUAUUCCCUUUCCAAAACAUUGCAUGUAAGCAUUUGUUGCGGGGCAGUUAUGGUGUUUCCUCACCCACAAACGAAGGUGGACAUAGAUUACCUAACAACGUCUUUUUGCCCCUAUCUCACCGCAUGCAAUCCAGUGGGGACAUUAUAAGCAGAAGGGAUUUGGUAUUUGCAUGUUUAUGCAAGAUAGGGGAGGGGAGGAGGAAGUUGUAGAAUAUUAGGGAAUGGAAUAGAAUAGAAUGUGGUGAUAGGUAAGCUUCUUCCAGGGUUAGUUGGUGGAAUGGGGUUGUGUUGCUUGCAAGUUCAUGCAUGAUCUUCACAGAAUAGACUGUAAUCUGCAAAAUUUAGGUCAUUGUGAAACAAGCAAAGCAAUCUUGGCCAUUGAUCUCUUUCAUGAAAAGGGUUGCCUGCUGUCCUUGCAUGGUGGGCUUCAGUAGCACGUCAGUGGGGUUGUAAUGCCCCCUGUAUUGUUGCCUUAUUCAGUAUCUUGCGUGUAUGCGUUAGCCUCGUAUGGGUUUUGCUUAGAUUUCUUGGUAUCUGAAAUUGGGGGUUUUAAAGGAAUGAUCUAGGCACUGGAAUGGAUUUUCUUUACUUGUAAGAAUUCAGUUGUCUGUUAGUGAAUGAAUGAACAUUAGUGAGGAGUAAUGUUUUGUGAGCUCUGGAUUCUUUAGUGUGGCUUUGAACAUUGGUCUCUGGAAGGUAGAAAAGAGUUGUGGGCGCUGAGUAAUAGUGAAGGAAUGAGUAAAGAAGAUAGCAUCAAGCUUUUGAAGAGCCAGACGAUUGUGCUUAAGGUCAACAUUCACUGCGAAGGAUGUAGGACGAAAGUGAAGAAACUGCUACAGAAGACUGAAGGUGUAUAUACUCAUGAAAUUGAUAGAGAGCAGCAGAAAGUGACUGUAUUAGGGAGUAUAGAUGCAGACAAGCUGAUAAAAGUGCUGGAGAAAUCUGGGAAACAUGCUGAGUUAUGGCCCACUGGAGGGAAGGGGAAUCAGCCGAAGCAGCAAAAUGAGAACAAGGAACAGAAACCUAACAAGGUUCAAUUUGAUCUGAGUGCUCAGAAGCCAUUUAAGGGUCAGAAGGGGGAAAACGAUCAAAACCCACUCAAAGCGGGUAAUAAAGCUGGAUUAGACUGGUGUUAUGACGAAUAUCUCAAAGAUUGUAAGUUCGACAAAGUAAAUGGUGGUGAUGGAAAGAAGGGUGGAGGAGCUGAAAAUGGGGGAGGAAAGAAGGGUGGCGGUGGUGGUGGAGCUGAAAAUGGGGGAGGAAAGAAGGCGGGAGGUGGUGAUGGGCAGAAGGGCGGUGGCGCUGAUGGUGGAAAGAAGGGCGGAGGUGAUGGACAGAAUAAAUCUGGUGGUUCUGGCAAUGAGGGGAAAAACAAUGGUGGAGGAAAGAAAGGUGGAGGCGGAGGCGGGGGAGGAAACCCCAAUCAGAAUGGCGGUGGUGGGAAGAAAAACAGUGGUGGAGACGGAGAUGCCAACCAAAAUGGUGGAAAGAAAAAUGGAGGCGGAGAUGGAGGGGAAGAUCAAGGUGGCGGUGGCGGUGCAGACUGGAACAAAUCUGGAGGGGGUGGUGGAGGAAAGAAGGGCGGGAAAAAGGGAGGGAAUGGAGGUGGCGAUGGUGAGGGAGGCAACAUGGGGUAUUUUGAUGAUGUAGGCUACAACUCUCCUCCAAUGGUGGGAGUUGGUUAUGGUGGUGGUGGUGUUAGUUAUGGUGGUGGUGGUUAUGGUGGUGGUGGUGUUAGUUAUGGAGGUGGCGGCGGUGGCGGUGGUGUAGGUGCUGGCUGUACCUGUCAGCAUGGUGGUCCUGUGUAUGGACCUUAUCACGACCAUGCCCAUGUCCAUAGUCACCUCCAACAGGGUUACGGAGCCAAUGUUAAUGACAGAUACUUAAUGAUGCAAUACAGACCGUCGUAUCCAGUGCCGCCUCCCCCUUACUACUAUCAGCAAAAUCCUAAUGAUUAUGGUACUAAUCUUUUCAGUGAUGAGAACGCCAGUGGCUGCUCCAUCAUGUAGAGCUUGGAAAUGAACUGUGGUGAAAUUCAUGAACAGAACAUAAUGUGAGUGUGUGUGUGUUUUUUGUGUUUAUAUGCAAGCACAGUGUCUGUCAACUGAUAAAAUCCAGAUUGUAAGCUUGGAUGAGACCACCGCAGACAAAAUGUCUUUGCCUAUACAUUGUCUUUUUUCGUUUUGUUCUCUUCAGCAGCAUAUAUACAUGGUGGGGUUAGCUUAGGAUGAGGAAGUGCAAGCGGCUAGUAGAAUACAAGAGAGAGCUGUUCAAAUGGCUGAUCAGGUUUAGGUAAUGUUUUGUAUCUAUGGUCGUACACAGAACUAAUAAGAAAAUGCUCUCCCGCAUCUCGUAGAUGUGGGUGCAUAUAUAUAUGUAAAGCCAUGAAAACUCUUCUUCUACCUCAGAAGGAAAAUGGCAGCAGCGCAAGGAUUAGCAUUAUUUCAAAAAAAUUGUCUAUAACUCUUGCUGGGAGUUUUUUUGUGCCUAAUGUGAAUCUUCAAGUUCUUGUA